AUGUCGCAAGUCAUAGGCAAGACGCGCCUCGCCUACGCCCGCUCCUGGCACCACCUCGACAUCGGCAGCGACCCACGCGCCCUCGGCCGCGUCGCCUCCGCCAUAGCCCUCACCCUCAUGGGCAAGCACAAACCCAUCUUCGACCCCUCCACCGACUGCGGCGACUACGUCGUCGCCACAAACUGCGCCCAGCUCCACACCACGGGCAAAAAGCGCUCCCAGAAACUCUACCGCACCCACAACACCCGGCCCGGUUCCCUCAAAGAACUUUCAAUGGAUAAACUCAUGGCCAAAUGGGGCGGCGGCGAGGUCCUGAGGAAGGCGGUUAGCGGCAUGUUGCCCAAGAAUAGACUGCGGAAGGAGAGACUGGCGCGGCUGAAGACUUUUGAGGGGAGGGCGCAUCCGUAUGCGCAGAAUUUGAUCAAGGUGGGAAACGGAGGUGGGCAGAGUAUAGUGGAGCAUCAGGAUGUUAAAAGAACGUUUGCACGCGCGAGGGAGACACAGGGUGAUGCGGCGCCGGCUUCAUGA